GUGGUCAUGACCCACUGAUAAGAUUAGGGGUAUAUAACACGCAAUCAGCCUUAAAGCGAAGGAAAAGAAACAUAUUCUUUUGAAGUUUACUUGGUUUUACUCACUUGCCUCAAAUUCAGUGUAAAAUGUAUAGACGUUCAAGAAGUUCGUCGUGUUUCAGUCUUAACGAAUCGAUCUCCUCUGAUGGCAACGACAAUAAUAUAUCCGCCUUACUCAAUAGAGUAAGUAUUAAUAAAGACACCGCAUCGGAAUCAUUGGCAGAAGAUAAUCGUAAAGAAGACCCUAAGCAGGAUGAAAGAGUCAUUUUUAUGUGUACAAAUACUGGUACUGACUGCCGCACUGCCAACUCAGACCCUGACGUGGGAGACAGAGACUCUGACGAUGACAAAGAUUUCGAUGCUGAUAUUGAUGAUGUCUUCAAAGAAACAAGACAACUGCAUGGACCCGAAUUAUCAGAAAAGUUUUCUGAGUAUUUAAGACCGGUUACUGAAGAAAUUGAUCUACACGAUAUUGAAAAAAGUAUUGACAAUAUACCUCAGGAAACACAAGCAGAAGAACCUGUCUUGAGUUGUGCAAACUGCAGUAAACCGAGAAGAGUGGAAAACGUGUCUUGCUUAAAGAAAGGUCAACAUAUCAGACUUCCAGGACAACAUCUCAAAUUCAAUUUUGGAAGAAAAUUGAUAAAUGUAUAUGAGCACCAUGCAAUCGUUAAGCGCGUCAAUAAGAUCUUUGAAAACUCUGUAGAAAUUGUGCUGAUUCAUUUCUCGAAAGAGAACAACAAAAUAUCAAUCAAUGAAGCGACAACCACAUACAAUCUUGAAAAUGAUGAAAUAGACAUCAUAGACUACGAGCGUCCUAGAUACGACCCUGAAAAAAUUGUACAGAGAGCCGAAUCGAUGCUGCCGACACAUGCAGAUGGGGAAGAAACAAAACACUUUCGAUCAUAUAAUUUUGUUUGCUGCAAUUGUGAACAUUUUGCUUCCUGGUGCGUUGUUGGAGACGGAGAAAGUUUCCAGGCAAAAAGCGCUUUAAAAACGAGUGCCGACGGUUUAAGUAAAUUAGCAGGUGUAGGUAGUAAAUGUUGGCGAUUCAUUAAACGUUUUAUGUACAAUGCUUCAGAUGAGAUUGCCGCAGGUUCUGGCAUAGGACUAAAUCUUCCAGGUGUCGUCCUAGGAGCUACUGCUUUUAUCUAUUUGAUUUAUACCGUUUUUAUGACUGUAAAAUAUCGUUUAAAAUACUCAAGACGUCAACUAUGCAAAGUUUGUUUCUGGAGAGAAAUAUCCACUCUAUGGACAAGUUUUGGCGCAUUUUGCGUUACAUCUGGAAUAUCAUACAUUUUAGUUCAUUUUCUUUUACCACUACUUUCUCCUACCCCUGUUGG